GUUGCAUUGGCAUCGUGCUCUCGAAACCUUACUGCCAAGCAGAUAAGAGGUGGCCUUCGUCGCCGUAAACAUUUAUUUACAUCGUAGCGUGCCUGCGUUUGUUGCCUCCUAAUCGGUUGGGGCUUUUUUGUUCUUUUUUUUCUCUCUCUUUAACACGGAACUAGCGCGAACGUGCAUAUUGAAUAGUUCUCGCUUUGUGUUGGUGUGUUGUUGAAAGAAGACAGGUUUACAGGGCGAUCGUUUCCUUUAUCUCUACUGCCUCACUUAAAACCUCCGCCGGGCGGCCUUCAUCUCAUUUACACGCGCCGUCAUCUCCACAAGCGAUCAUGGCACUUCCUCCCAUAGUGACGGCGACGCUUCAGUCGUCGGUCCUGGCGGCUGUCGCAAACUUGCUCGCUCAAGCGCUUACCGCCUUUAGGGAAGAGGAGAAGCUGAUCGUCGACUGGAUCCCGGUUUUCCAGUUUGUACUCUACGCGGUGCUCAGUACACCGCCCAACUUCAUGUGGCAAGACUUCAUCGAGUCAUCCUUCCCGGCCACCAAGAAGGUCGUUCCUACGACUGAGGCCGUCGCCGCGGCCUCGGCCAAGGACGACAAGGCCCUCGACCGCACCGCCAAGAAGGGGCAGUUGUUGGAGCCGGUGCCGAAGUUGGACAUGAAGAACACAAUCAUCAAGCUGAUCUUGGACCAGACGAUCGGAUCUGCGGCCAACACGUUCAUGUUCUCCGUGUUCUUCCACUCGGUCCAGAUGGCCAUGGCCCACCGACCCGUUGGUGCCGAGCACAGCAUGAUGUUCUUGGUGCGCAGCUUUGCGCGCAGCGGCAAGGACGAUAGGCCGGCGCUCGACUUCACGGCCGUCCGGUGGGACGAGGUGAUGCCCAAGGCCAAGGCCGAGUUCAUGCCACUCCUGUCGGCUGGCUGGAGGCUCUGGCCCGUGGUCAGCCUGAUCAACUUUGCGUUUGUGCAGACGGUCGAGAUGAGGAACCUGGUCGGAGGACUAGCUGGUAUCGCCUGGGGCGUCUACGUCAGUCUGUUCACGGCCGGUAACUGAGUGGUUUGCACUAGGCAGAGCCCACUCAGCUGGCUCAAUCUCAUCCGGUCGAUGGGGCUGUUUCCCCUCUAUCCCCUUUGGGCCAGAUGAGUAAUUUACGGGGAGGGUGGAUAGAUCGAGUUUCUGAAGACUUGGCUUCGUUCAAUUUUCGUGUCGGGGUUUGGGGGGUCCUUUCCCCUUAUCAAUACGAAAAUAAAUGAGCGUGUUGUGGAUAGAUAGGAAUGAAUGCCGGCGUAUAGACAACAAUCAAUUCAUGUGCAGGAAUUACGAGUAUCGUACGGGGUACAUCACCUGGCACCGGCAUCCAAUCAUCAAAAAGAAAAGACAAAGAAAAAAAGCCAGAAAAAGCCUGAUUCGUGUACCUGGUCGGCAACGGUUGAUAAAUUUGCCAUAGUUUUGUGGUCAGUCUUGCGCUUUAGUAUGGAUGUUACUUUGAUUUGCU